GAAAAUAAUAAAAAAUUAAGAAGGUGGUCUCUUUUGGUUGGACGACAAGGAGGUAUUCUCCUUCAUUUGCAGUAAAAAUGGAGGGAGAAGCGAAACCCAAGCUCCUUCUUCUUCUUCUUUCGUUACUCUGAAACUGAUUGAAGCAUGAUGAAGAUGGUUGGUGGUGUAAGUAGCAGAGGAGGAUCAUCUGGUUGGGUGGUGGUGUGAGUGGCGGAGGAGGAUCGUCUUCUUUAUCGCUGGUGGAGGAGCAAGCAUCCGCAAUGGAUGAGGCGGGAUGCCCCGCGUUGGAAGAAGCGGCAAGCGCCACCAUGAGCGGGCCGCUGAGCUCGAGUGUCAGCAGCAUGGACCUCAGCAGCAGCACCACCACCAGUAGCAUGACCAGUGCCAAGCUGAGCGACAGCACAGGUCUCCCUCUCGAUGCCUCGGCCAAGAAUCCCAACUCCUGCGUCGUCGCCAUCAGCGACCACCAUGAGAGCAGCAGCAGCAGCUCCUCUAAUAAGCCUCACAAAGGCAAUGAUCCUAGAUGGGAGGCCAUUCAUUCUGUUCGAUCGAGAGAGGGCAAUGGGGCACUUGGGUUAGGGCAUUUCAGGUUGUUGAAGAGGGUUGGUUGCGGCGAUAUAGGGAGCGUGUAUCUUGCGGAGCUAAGGGGAACUUCGUGCUACUUUGCCAUGAAGGUCAUGGACAAGGCUCUGCUUGCAAGCAGGAAGAAGCUUUUGAGGGCUCAAACAGAGAGGGAGAUCUUAUCAUCGCUUGAUCACCCUUUUCUUCCGACUCUCUAUGCACAUUUUGAGACUGAGAAGUUCUCUUGCUUGGUUAUGGAGUUUUGCAGUGGAGGGGAUCUCCACACCCUUCGCCAGCGACAGCCCGGGAAGCAUUUCUCUGAACAGGCUGCGAGGUUCUAUGCAUCAGAGAUACUCAUGGCGCUCGAGUACUUACACAUGAUGGGGGUUAUCUAUAGGGAUCUGAAGCCUGAAAAUGUCCUAGUGAGAGAGGAUGGCCACAUCAUGCUUUCUGAUUUUGAUUUAUCAUUAAGGUGCUAUGUGAGCCCCACCCUUGUAAAGUCAACAUCCUUUGGGCCUGAACCUUCCCGUAGGAUCCCUGCAUACUGUAUUGAACCAUCAUGCAUUCAUCCAGCUUGUGUGCAACCAUCUUGUUUGCAACCCUCGUGCUUUGCACCCCGUUUCUUGCCUUCAGCCUCUAAGAAAACGCGAAAACCAAAGAAUGAGACGUCAAAUAUGAAGAACCAUCACGUAGAUGCCCUUCCUGAACUUAUUGCCGAGCCAACCAGUGCACGGUCCAUGUCUUUUGUUGGUACUCAUGAAUACUUAGCUCCGGAGAUAAUCAAAGGAGAUGGUCAUGGAAGUGCAGUGGAUUGGUGGACUUUUGGGAUCUUCUUAUAUGAGUUGCUUCAUGGAAAGACUCCCUUCAAGGGACCAGGUAACCGUGCCACCUUGUUCAAUGUUGUAGGACAGCCAUUGAAAUUUCCUGAGGCACCUGCAGCCAGUUUUGCUGCAAGGGAUUUGAUAAGGGGUUUGCUUGUAAAGGAACCACAGAAUCGAUUAGCUUACAAAAGAGGGGCAGCUGAAAUAAAGCAGCAUCCCUUCUUUGAAAGUGUCAACUGGGCUCUUAUUCGAAGUACUUGCCCUCCUGAUAUUCCUAAGCCAAUUGACCUUUCUUUUGUUAAGGAUAUGCCUGUGACUUUAAUCGAUAAGGAAGUCACUGAUGCAGAUAAUAACUCUUACUUAGACUUUGAUUUCUUUUAAUUCGCGAUUUUUGCAAGAGGAGAGAGAGUGUAUACGUUUGAAAUGGUUUCAAUGGAGAUAGAUAUUGAUCUUAUUUUUA